CGCGCCGCACCGGAUGCAUUCUUGACGCGCUGCUCCCGAACCUAAGGCGAGCCGAGCCGAACCAGCGGGAGCGUCCGCGAGCCGCGAGUGACCAGUGCUGUGUGUACAUACUUAUUGAGUGAGGUGCCAUAUCGCCCGGUACGGGCGUGCCGACAACCCCGGACCUGCAGCGCUCCGCCGCCGACACCACCGCCGCCGCCGGGGUCGCGAUCUGCUCCCGCACUAGAAGGUGGCGGUUGGUGAGGCGCGUGGGGCGCGCGGUGGGCGCGGCAUGGCGCGGUCGCGCGCGCGGCCGGGGCGCUGAGGCGCGGGAUGUACGGCGCCUACUACCCUUACUUGUACGGGCGCGGCGCCGCGCGCUCCUUCCACCACGCGCCGCACUUCCAGUACGACCGGCUGAACGUGCAAGCCGGCAAUGGCAGCGAGUACGGCGCGGGCGCGGCGGCGCUCAGCUCCGGCUCGGCCUCCUCCGGAGCGCAGUCGCCCGCCUCGCCGCCGCACGCGCACCCCGCACAUCAUUCUCCCCGGCUGCGCGCCAAGGAAGAGGACUUGUCUGCGCAUGGACGCGCCAGUGCUGACGGCGGAGGGUCCUCGGAGUCGGAGGGCGAGUGCGGGGCGGGCGCGGGACGCGGGCGCGCACAGUACGUCAGCGCCAACUGCGUCGUGUUCACGCACUACGCGGGCGACGUCGCCGCCGUCGUCGACGAGCACUUCGCGCGCGCACUCGCCAUCGAUAAACCCAAAGAGAGCGUGCCGCUGGCGUCGCGCAACCUACCGGCGUCUUUCUUCAACGCGGCGGCGUGCGGCGCGGGGGGCGCGGGCGGGCCUGGCGGGCCGGGCGCGCCGGGCUGCGGCCUCGAGCUGUACGAGUACGACCCCUGGCAUCAACCGUACGGCUACGCGCGCGACUACCAGCACGUCGGCUACGGCGGGCUGCUGCUGGGCCGUGGCGGGCUGCACGCUCAGUACAAGCCCGUCGAGUGGGGCGCUCAACACGCGCACCUCGACCCCGCCGCCUGCGCGCCCUACUCCUACCCCGCCGUGCCCGGUCUGGAGGCGCAGGUGCAGGACACCUCUAAGGAUUUGUACUGGUUCUGAGGGCGCACGCGGUGCGCACGUAGCGUGCUCCGUGCCCGGCGUGCUCCACGUGCUCAGCGUGCCGGGCGUACUAAGCGUGCGCAGUGUGCGACAGGCGUGCGUCACGGUUGCGUCCGCCGCCUGAACACUGCAAGGCUGUAAAGAAAGACAUUACUCUAGUUGUAGGCAUAAAGUUAGGUAGCAAUCGGCUUAGACGUAGUUAAGCUUAGCCGACAGAAGCGGCACGCGCUGCUCCCGACGUUCCUGCCGCUCCUGUCGUUCCUGCCGCUCCUGUCUCUCCUGCAGCUGAUGCAAACAGCAAGGGGUGGCAACAUGGCAACACCCCGCAUUCGCUGUUCUCAGCUAAAGUAAAACAACACUACGAUGUUUCGUAACUUGAUUAUCUACCGUCACUCUUCUUCUAUUCUCUUUUAAUUCAAAUAAUACUCUGAUGAAUCAUGUCCAUGACAAACAUUUUAGUGUUGCUAUUGUAUAUAGAACUUUAUGUUGUAUGGGAUAAGUUGUUUCUGCGACGAGUGGAAAUGUACUGCUUUCAUCUCGAGAGGUGCGGUGGGCGCGGUGGGCGCGGUGGGCGCGGUGGGCGCGGGUUGUCUGCCAGACAGUUUAUAUUCGAGCCACUGUAUGUAUAUACAUGUGUCGUAGCCAGAAUAAUUAAAAAUACUUAGAUUCCGGUUCCAAUAAAGGACAAUUGUAGCUAUCACAAGAUUCAAACUUUACGUCGGCUCGCGCUAAUCC